GGAUUCUACUAUGUCCCAAUAAAACGCCCGAUUCUGUAGCCGCCGCCGUCCGCACUCAUCCCUCGCCUCUUUCCCUUUGAUGGCCGAUGCUUUACUACCCCAUCACGGCCUCCUCCUCGAGUCCCGCAGCCAUCUGCUCCCUCCCAUCUUCUUUCCCCUCAACUCCCCGGCACUGACCCUCCCCCACAGGUCUCGAUUCGACCCCGCCGUCUCCCGCCCUUCUCAUCGAUGGCAGCUUUCCAAGUUGCGCGCGGUUGUGGAAGAGGCCGCGGACGCGCCCAAGUGGUGGGAGAAGGACGCCGGGCCCAAUAUGAUCGACAUCCACUCUACGCAGGAGUUCCUGGACGCAUUGAGUCAAGCAGGUGAAAGGCUUGUCAUUGUGGAGUUCUAUGGUACUUGGUGCGGAUCUUGUCGAGCUCUGUUCCCAAAGCUAUGUAUGAUGGCAAAGGAACACCCAGAGAUUUUAUUUUUGAAGGUGAACUUUGAUGAGAACAAACCUAUGUGUAAAAGAUUGAAUGUAAGAGUACUUCCAUAUUUCCAUUUUUACCGUGGUGCUGAUGGCCUUCUGGAGUCCUUUUCAUGUAACUUGGCUAAGAUAGUUGUGCACAAUAUAGUUUGAUCGAAGAUAAUUGAGUUUGCAGCAAGGUCAGUUUAUUCUCACUUUAAGAGAAAUGUUAGUAUCCUCUACGUGUGACAGUUUAUUUUGGAACCUUCCUUUUUUAAUACUCUUUUAAUUCAACUAGGUCUCGGGUGUUGGUAGGUGGAUAUUUAUCAACAAAGAAGGUUUAAUCAUGGUCAAUGUUGUUUUACCAACCUUGUGCUGCAGAUUAAACUGUGGAAUUGGUAAUUGCAUUGGUAUAUUAAUGCAUAACUCCUAUGAGAAAACUCAAACGGCCUUUUUCUUUUCAUGCGAUAGAUUAGGACUGCCUUGUGCUUGUGCUUAUGCUCAAUUAAAUAGUAAAUCUUUACUAGUUUGGCACCCUUCAAUCCUCAUUCAUCUCUAGAAUCAAUCUCUUAACCUGUUCAUUUACUUUUACUGUCAAUAUUGUCGCCUUAUUGAGGAUGCUUCAUCAAAUUUCUCGAGCAGAUCUAGCAAAAAUGGGAAGAGAACUAUUAGUCGGAACUCCUCCAUUCUCUUUCGUGUUUGUUUAUUCAAAUGAAAAACUAGCUUUUGUGAUAGCAGAUUUUUUUUUAUCUAACUGCAGUUCCAGAAGAUAAAGGAUGCCAUUGAAGAACACAACACUCCACGUUGUAGCAUUGGACCUCCUUUAGGAAUU